UAUUCAAAGAUCUGCUCCAACUAUUAGACGCUCUCUGCUGUCGCUCAACGCGAAAAACUUUCAGUGAAAAUAAUUGAAUUCGCCUGAUUAUAAUCUUUAGAUCGGCUUAUAUAAAUACGUGUGUAUGUACUUUACCAAGUCACUCCGUGUCGAAAAGUGUAUCGCAAUAAUAAUAUAAAUAUUACGUCGAUAUCAACUUGCCUUAGCCAUAAAAAAAUUGUGAAAUUGUAUCAAAUGGUGUCUUUAGCGCCAAGAAUUAAACUUAGCAAUGGUCAGGAGAUUCCAGCAAUCGGUCUCGGCACUUGGCGAUCGCAUGAAUCAGAUGCAGAGCGUUCGGUAAAAGAUGCCAUAGAUUUAGGUUACAGACAUAUCGACACAGCAUUCGUAUAUGAAAAUGAGAAGGAAGUUGGAAGUGCUAUCAAUGCAAAGAUUGCUGAAGGUCAAAUUCACAAAGGUGACGAUAAUGUACACGGAACAUUAGAACUCUCCGAUGUAGACUACCUGGAUACUUGGCGAGCUAUGGAGAAGUUAGUGGAUUUGGGCUUAGUAAUCGGAAUUGGUCUUUCUAACUUCAAUAAGCAACAAACACAGCGCGUAUUGCAAGAGUGUCGCAUACGUCCUUUAGUCAACCAGGUGGAGUGCCACCCAGGCUUUAAUCAAAAAAAGCUAAUUGCGUUUUCAAAACAAUGUGAUAUUGUUAUCACAGCGUAUUGCCCUUUAGCACGGCCCAAGCCAGAUCAACAGUGGCCACCAUUCCUUUACGACAGUACUGCAAAGGAUUUAUCUAAAAAAUAUGGAAAGACACCAGCACAAAUAUGUUUACGUUAUCUGGUACAAUUGGGCGCUGUACCGAUUCCAAAAUCGGUUUCCAAAAGUCGCAUAGCGGAAAAUUUUUCAAUUUUCGAUUUUGAAAUAAACGACGAUGAUAUGAAAAUAAUUGAUGGCUACAAUACCGGUCAGCGAUUGAUACCUUUUUCUGGUAUGAGUCACCACAAGUAUUUUCCAUUCAAUUCCAACGACGAGUAGCAAUUUAUAUAUUAUUAUAUAUGUAUGUAUGUAUAUAUGCUUGUAUGUUUGUUUUAAAUAAAUAUAUACUUACAUAUUACUUAUAGACAUAUGUAUGUAAAUUUUACAGAAUUAAAA